CCUUGCGAGUGUGAGAGCGGCAGAAAGCUGGAGAAGAAACCGAACGUCCGAUCCAAUGACCCGAACCAGAGGCGAGUAUUGGAUUCUUCCACCCGCCAGCGACGACUCAACCGCCAACUCGAGGCUCUGGAGAAAGACAAUUUCCAGGAUGAUCCUCACUCCAACCUCCCCCAACUCAAGCGCCUGCCCCAGUUUAAUGAUGAAACCGGAAAGAAGAAGAAGAAAACCCGCGGGGAUCACUUUAAGUUGCGCUUCCGCAAAAACUUCCAGGCGCUGCUGGAGGAGCAGAAUUUAAGUUCCUGCGAGGGACCCAAUUACCUGACGGCCUGCGCUUCUGCCUCGUCUUUCCCCCAGCGGCACUUCUGCAGCGUUUGUGGCUUUCCCUCCAAUUAUUCCUGCGUGUCGUGCGGCUCCCGCUACUGCUGCGUGCGAUGUUUAGUGACCCACCAAGAGACCCGGUGCCUGAAAUGGACGGUGUGACGCGGAGCCCCCAAUAAUUCUCUCUGUAUAAAGACUAUAAAUAUGUAUCAGAAUAUGAGGUUUUUUUUGUAAUUUGUUUCUAUGUACAUCUCCCAGAUAAACUGAAAUGCCACUUUUUUGCUUUGCUUUGCAUUAUAUAAUAAAGUGUGUAAGUAAGUGUG